UACGGCAGCUGUGAUGACUAAUCACACAAUAUAUUAUUAUUACGGGCUACGUUAAACGGACGACUCACGAUAAAACGACGUAAUCGGUUAGAAUUUAAUUUUUUUUUUUUUUUUAUUACAACACUGCCGUUCUCGUUUUAACGUCGCAGUUUUUUUUUAUUGUCGCCCCGCAUAUCGCAUUUGGUUCCCUCGAUUCGUGUUUUGUGGACUCGUCAAGUGCUAACCGUUUACACAACCUUUGUUGGCCAAUACAUCAGACUUACACAGUGCACACACACAUUUCUAAAUCAUUUUCAACACUCUCUGGAUGAGUGACGCUCGCCCGGCGAGAAAAUGACAAGAAACGACGUCCUACGUUUUUUCGCACUAGCCUGUCUGGGAUGCGUUCUCUUGGGUGCCUGUUCGGCGUUUGCGGAAGAGCCCGUCCGACGUGAACGAGCCCAACUGCUCGGAGAAAAAGAAUGUACAUCCGGACCGGCUUACUGGUGUAGAAACAUAACUAAUGCAGCCGGUUGUAAAGCGGUCAAUUUUUGCAUCCAAACAACGUGGCUAAAACAAAAGUACCCAGAAGACAAUGAUGACGUUUGUACUAUUUGUAAAAACAUGGUAAAAGAAGCCCGCGACACUCUUACUAGCAAUGCAACGUUGGAUGAAUUACAACAAGUUUUCUAUGGAUCGUGUAAUUUGUUGCCACUUAAAAUUGUGAAAAAAGAAUGCAGGAAGUUGGCCGACGAUUUUAUACCCGAGCUCGUCGACACAUUGUCUUCGGAAAUGGAUCCAAAUGUUGUUUGUACAGUUGCCGGCUUGUGUAAUAAUAAAAACAUUGACCAGCUUCUGCUUGAAAACAAAAAUGAACCGGUAUUGGACGCCAAUGCCGAAGUGUACCAUUCUUGUGAAAAAUGUGCAGUCGUCAUGGAAAAAGCUGAAAUUAUGAUGCAGCUUCAUUCAAAACGACAAAUACUAAAUAAAAUCUGGACUUUAUGUGGAGAAUUAAGUUCCUUCUCAGAUGCGUGCAGUGCCAUUGUUUUGAAAAAUAUUGAUUCCAUUUAUGAUACUCUUAAAACCGAAUUCACUAAGAGAAACGUUUGUAUGUUGAGCGGUAUGUGCUCAGAAGCAUUCCAUCCACAUGCUGAUGGCUAUGAGAAAGCCAAAAGUGCUCUGAUGGGUGUCGAAAUCAGUACUGCAGGCGAGCGAGGCAUAAUUAAGAGUGAAAAAAAAAAUAAAGUCAACGACGAAUUGACGUGUGAAUUCUGUGAACAAUUAGUUAAACAUCUUAGAGAUAUUCUCAUCUCAAACUCUACCGAAGAACAAUUCUUAGAUGUACUGAAAGGACUUUGCAAACAAACAGGAGCUUAUUCACAAGAGUGUUUGUCUUUAGUAGUUCAAAACUAUAAACUCAUAUAUACUUUCCUAACGAGUGAACUAGACGGUAAAGUAGUAUGCACUGACGUUGGAAUUUGUCCCAAUUCGUUAAGCGGCCCAAAUGUUUUCGAGUACAAAAACCUGAUGCCAUUCCCACUUAUCCCGACUGAACUUUUAGAAAAAGUGAGCACUUUAGAAAAAGAAGAACAUAUGCAAUCAAAUGUAAAAUCUCCUGUCAUUGAUGUGUACUAUCAAAAUAUUCACCUCAAAAUUGGUCAAGUAGACAUGCCUAAGGAAAAGACUACAUGUUUUGUGUGUCAAUCCGUGUUGCAUUACGUUCAACAAGUUGUAACAGAUCCGAAAUCUGAAGCGGAAAUUCGCAGUGCUUUGGAAUCUUCUUGUAAAGUAUUACCAAAUUCAUUAACUCCAGAAUGUAAACAGUUUGUAGACCAAUAUGGAGAUGCAUUCAUAUCGUUAGUCGCUCAAGAAGUUGAUCCGUCUGUUAUUUGCCCAGAACUUAAACUUUGUCCGGCGCAAGAAAUUUCCAUAGUUUCUACGGUUAAGAGUUCUCAGAGUUGCACAUUGUGCGUUAUGUUUAUGUCCACUUUAGAAUCUGAAUUGAAAAAUAAGGAUAACGAGGUUGAAAUUAUUAAGAAAUUAGAGAAAUUGUGCUCCAAAUUCCCUUCCCAUUACAAAGCAGAAUGUACAGCAUUUGUCGAAAACAAUUUCCAGUCGCUUGUCGACAUGAUUAUAGCUCAAUUAAAUGGCCAAGACAUAUGCACCCUAUUGAAUGUUUGUAAACCUCCUCAGACUCUGUUUGAUACUGCUGGGGACAUUGAAACUAAUAUGAUUGCCGAGACGAAUCAAGCUAAAGUGAUCUUCCCGGGAUUAAAUUUGGGACAACUGAUUACUAACAAUUACCAAAUGCCAGCUCAACCUAAAGUGCCAACUCCGUUGUGUUUAGUUUGUACGGUUUUGAUGAAGUAUUUGAAUAGAGUGGUCGAGGAUAAGUCCAACCAAGCAAGUAUCAAAAAUGCUUUGGAUACAGCUUGUAGUGUGUUGCCUAACAUAGAAGAAAAUGAAUGCAAGAGCUUUGUCGAUGGUCAUUUUGCUCAAAUAAUGGCGGCUAUUGAAACUGGUACCAGUCCUGAAAUUGCUUGUAUGGCCAUGUUAGUGUGUGUUGAUGGUGCUAAAGUUCAUGGUAGUAGUACAGAGUUACAGCAGACACCCAAAGCUACAGCGGUACAAUUGGACCAAUCUUCAGAAUGUGUCAUUUGCGAGGCUUUUGUAAAAACAUUUGAGAAACGUUUUAAUGAAAGCACAGAAAGUAAUAUCGAAGAGUUCGAUCUAGUUGAAUUGUGCGAUAGCAUUGAAGUUAUCCACAAAGAUGAGGACAAUCUGCUUGAAUUGAUGAAACACAUCUGCAAGUUACACCGUUCAGACAAACAACAUAGCAUGGAUAAAACGAUUAUCAUAGAAAUGUUACAAAACGAGUGCAAAAAACAAAUCAAAAACUCCUUAACCGGCUUUCAUCCUAAAUGUACAAUUUGUAAAGACGUAAUAAACGAUAUAAAAACUAAAAUUGAAAGUUCUCAAGCUGAACAAAAAAUUGUAUACAGAUUAGAAUCACUUUGCGAUGCUCUACCAAACAAAGACCAAUGUAUUACUCUAGUCGAAGAAUACGCUGAAAAAGUAAUGAACAAAAUAAUUGAUGGCCUAGAUGUCCAACAAAUAUGCACAGAUAUAGGAUACUGUUAAAAAACUUACUUGUGUAUAAUCUAUUAUAUAAAAACUUACUUUUAUAUAAUCGCCAAUUGUGAAACAUUUAUACUUGUAACUUUUUGUAGGGUAUAGAUUGUAUGUUAUGGAUACUAUUUAUGUUUAUUACUAAUUAUUAAUUAUACAUACUAUGCUCGUUUUUAAACAACAAGAACACUACAUUUGUUUAUACAAAUUAAACAUAAAAUUAAAAAAAAAAAAAA